AUGGGAAACAAAGCUCUGGUUGAGUCCGUCGGUUCUCUUCUUGAGGAACCAGAGAGAGAUGCACAAGAGGAUGAUGGGAAGCUCGCAUCUGAUCUCAAGGAAGACCAGAGCCUCUCUCCAAAGGAGCGCCUUGAAAAGGCAGAAGAAAAGGAGAAGGAGAAACAAGCUACGAGACGAAGACUUGUCGAGGAAAUCCGACAGGUCCUGGAUGGUCUGUUCGACGCCAUCAUCGGCGCCAUGAGGCCUGGAGCCCCGUCAGUCAUCAUCGAGAGGGGAGGUAUUACUCUCCAUGCCCAGAGGGUCUGGGGUGACCAGUUUGGAGGCCAGGUCGUGCAGACGGAGGAUGGGAGCUUCCAUGUUCCGUCUAAAGCAACGCUGUUCCCGGACUAUACACCGCACAGCGUCGCUAUAAGGUUGACGCAGUUUCAACAGAAUCCAUUCACCUGGGGGCGCGGGGAGUACCAGACACGUUCCUCUGUCAUGGAACUGUCGGUCCAACAAAACCACAACAUCCCCGUGGCUUUCGACAACCUGACUGAAGACUUCAAGAUCACCAUUCCGGGCGGCUCCGGAAACAAACCAGCAACGACAACCAUCACCUUCCCUGCCCCAGGAAACCAGAGUUCAAGCUACCAUUUGCUGAAACUCAACAACACCGCAGAAGGAUUCCUGGUCACAAUCACCCCGCUGAACACAAGCGUGGUCUACGGCGUGUCGGGCAGGUACGGCGGUCGCCCUGAUGAUCAAAAUUACAACGUGUCCACGGAGACGUACGUCCUACCCGAGGAGUGUGCCUUGAUGAAAACCCUGAGUGGCGAUGAAGACACAGACAAGACAGAGGUAAAAAUGUUCUUCUCGGGACAGGAUGGUCCUGUGGAUUACUACAUCAAGGUCCAAGUACUUGGACCAGUGACCGAGUGCGACAUUGAAAAGAAAACUGACGAGAAGGAGUCACGCACUGAGGACAUCUACGCCUACCAGAUCCAGUGGGCCCGUCUGAGCUGCGUCUACUGGAACGAGACCCAGGAAGACUGGAGGACGGACGGCUGUGCGAUAAGCGAGCAGUCCACCAUUACAAGCACCAUCUGUCACUGCAACCAUCUGACGGCCUUCGGAGGUGACUUUGCCACACCGCCGAACACCAUAGACUUCGGGGGGUUGAGUUUCAGUGAUUUGAUGGACAACGGUGCCGUUUUGACAACCGUCAUUGUGGCGCUCUGUCUGUACUCGUUUACAUCAUCCGUGGUCAAGAUCGCUGAGCGUAAAGAUAAAAGAAAGUUACAUCACGCUGUAAGGUUGGACGGCCUUCAGAACGGCUUCCUGUACCGCCUGCUCAUUUGGACAGGGGCAGCUAGGCAUGCUGGGACAGAGUCCACCGUUGCGUUCAAGAUAGUCGGAGAUAAAGCAAAAUCCGAUGUUACAGUGGUCGACAUCGCAGCGAAGGUUUUUACCCAGGGCAGCCAGGUGACCCUGACCUUCAGCACAGCAGAACAGCUGGGUAAUGUGGAGCUGCUGCAGCUCAUGCACGACAACAAUGGGGAGGGGAACCGUGCAUCGUGGUACGUGGACAGAGCAGCAGUGCAGGAUGUCACCACGGGCAAAACGUCCUAUUUCUUCUGCCAUGAGUGGCUAGCAGCCGACCGCGGGGACGGACAGGUGGUGAAGACCUUUCCUGUCGCCUCUGAGCAGGACCUGCGAUCGUUCGGGUUUCUGUUCCCGGCAAGUCUGCGGAGUAAUCUGGCAGAGGAACACCUCUUCUUGUCCGUCGCUAUCACACCCGAAGGUAGCACGUUCACCCGCAGCAAGAGGCUUGGCAGCUGCCUGAGUCUCCUCUUCGUGUCCAUGGUGUCCAGCGCCAUGUGGCUAGGAGAUGAAACAAAAACCCAGGUUGUGCAGGGCUUCAGCCUGGGGCCGUUCUCCUUCACCCUGAAUGGAGUCUACACGGGAAUGAUGACCAGCAUCACCUGCCUUCCCGUCAUCAUGGCCAUAGUUCUGCUGUUCCAGUACAGCCGACCCAGCAACAAGAACAACCGCCGGGUCCAAGACGUGGAGACGGGCGACACACCUGAGACACCCACGCAGCAAGGACCAGUCAAGGGCCUGCCACACUGGUGCAAGUACGUGGCCUGGGUGCUGGUGCUGCUUUCUACCCUGGGGUCAGCUGUCUUCACCGUGCUGUACAGUAUGAAGUGGGGUAAGGACAAGUCCGAGGAGUGGCUCUCUGCGUACUUCAUAUCCUUUCUGGUGGACAUGUUCCUCCUGCAACCAGCGAAGAUAUUGCUCCUUACAAUCGUGACUUCGUCCGUUCGAAAGACACAAGCCAUCGAGACGAUGUUUGCGGAGAAGCGGGGCCCCGCUUCAAUUGAAGUCAGUGCGGCGGUGUCUUCCAUAAGGGAGACAGGCCUCAACUGCGAUGCAUUUCGCAUGAAGAGAAGGAUGGAGCGACUUUCAAUGAUGUCCCUUGCCAACAUCAAACAAGCACGAAUGAGGCAGCGCAGGGACAGGAGAUUUGGGGACACCCUUUGGAGCAUCGUGUGGUUCUGCUGUUUCCUCCUGCUUGUAGUCAGCAUCGCCAACGAGCAUCACAACACCAGAGAGGGUUUCCAUCAGACACAGAGCACAACCAACACCAUUCUGCAAUCUGUAGAUGAGGUGAAUGAUCCUCUCACCUUCUGGUCCUGGCUGAGCGAGACCGCCCUGGAGAGUUUCUACCCGGAGACUUCCUACAAUGGAGACAAGCCCCGCUGGUUUGAGAAGGGCUUCACAGCUGACAUGCAGACAGUCCUGGUCUACCCGCCAAGCCUGAUCCAAGGCCGAGUAAAGUCAGGGCUAUGCGCGGUGCCUGUGACAAUGCAGCAGUUGUUUGACGAAUGUUCAUCAGCGUACGAUGAACACGCCAAGGAGAUCGGGGCGUUUGAGAAGGGAUGGAAAAGGACCAGCAAUACAUCAACGAUGGAAUCAGCAGCCCCUGGAUGGACCCACCUCCCCAGCGGCUACCCCAGUCUCCCCAUCUACGGUGUAACGACGCAUUACUGGGGAGACGGCUUCGGUCUGCACCUGGGAAAAUCUGCAGACGAGAUGCGCAGCAUCCUAGCAGAGCUAAAGGCCAACCGAUGGAUCGACAAGCGUACGAGGGUCAUCUUCUUGGAAGCGAUGCUCUAUAAUGGGAACCUGGAUUUGUUCACAUCGCUGAUGGUGGUGUUUGAAUUCUCUGAGACGACCGGAGUUUUCUCGCGUCACCACGUGCAGACCUUCCGACUUCAUCAACGGCCGGGGACGAUCGGGUACCUUUACAUACUGUUGGAAAUCAUUUACGUCAUCGUUCUUCUCUACACGCUGUGGAGAGAGGUGAAAGCUGCACGCACAGCCGGCUUGGCCUACCUGAAGGAGCCAUGGAAUAUUGUCGAAAUCUUCAACUUCUUCUUGGCAUUUACCGCCAUUGCCUUGUAUGGCUUUAAGAUUGUCUACAGCUCCAGGGCUCUGGCGGCAAUCAAGCAGGGGGAAGGUGAGUAA